AUGUUUGACGACAGCGAGCCAUCUUCUCCGACUAGCGCACUCGUUGCGCUUCCUCCGCUGGAUCCUGAAUGGCAGCCAAUCCUCCACGUUUCGAACCAGGUCGUUCUCUAUAACCCAACCUCGCAUGCGAUAUCUGUACGCACUCAGUCUCGUUCCCCACCUCCCACCCUGGUACACAGAUCAAGUACAGAUGUGCGCUGUCCAUAUUGUCACCGUUUGUUGCCUGCGGACUUGCACGCCGAGGAUGAAUCAGAGCGCGAUUUCGAACUGGACGCAGAGUUUGACAGACACUCGCACAGCCGUGCUGCGAAUUACUUCCAACUUCUCGAAAUCGCAAAUGAGACGGCUUCACGUCCUGUCACACCAACCACUUCUAGCUCGAACAUACGGCCGUUUGCUACCUUUAGCGAUACUCAAUAUGCAGACUCCAGCGGGAAUAGCACGCGUGGUCCUAAUGGAAGUGCCGGAGGCAAUGCGUUUCGUGCGGAGAACAUGGCUGAAGGUUACUUCAAGGCUUUCUUCAAGGAGGAGUGUCGGCUUGGCAUGGGUGCGAACGGCAGUGUCUUCUUAUGUCAGCAUGUUCUGGAUGGGAAUUUGCUUGGUCAUUUCGCUGUGAAGAAGAUAGCCGUGGGCCAAUCUCACUCCUACCUAUUGAACAUCCUCCGUGAGGUUCGCCUGCUCGAGACACUUCAUCAUCCAAACAUCAUCACCUACCACCAUGCGUGGCUGGAGAAUUGUCAAUUCUCCUCUUUCGGACCGAAAAUCCCAACUCUCCACGUGCUCAUGCAAUGGGCCGAGGGCGGGAGUCUCGACGACCUGAUCGAUGCGCGGCUCGGUAGGGGCGCCGCCGUACUUCCGCACGUUCACCCCUUCGGCUCCACGACACCGACAAGCCCCGAUACUCCUUCCUCGCCAUCACCCUCUCAAGCGCCUUUCUCCCGGAGCAUGCGCAUACGGGCUUUCCGAGCGAUGCAGCGUGCGCCGCCGGAGGAGCGUGAGCGGCUGCGACGUGAGAUGGGUCUGGCCGAAAUGGGGGCUAGCGGUCGGCCGAUCGACUUGAAGGCAGUACAUCUCCUCAGCGCGGAGGAGGUGCGCGGGCUGUUUGGUGACGUCGUUGCAGGACUCGCAUUUCUACAUGAUAAGUCCAUCUUGCAUCUGGAUCUGAAGCCGGGUAAUGUGCUGUUGACUUGGGACGAGGGACGGCUAAUCCCUCGCGCUAUGCUGAGUGACUUUGGGACGUCCCAAGACAGGUUAUCAUCGCGAACUCGUUCUGGAAACACUGGCACGCUUGAAUAUACAUCCCCAGAAUCCCUGCCAUCGCCUUCGACAGGGUUGCUCCAACAAGUGGAUUCCAAGGCAGAUAUGUGGAGCGUGGGCAUGAUCCUACACAAGCUGCUUUUUUUCCGGCUUCCAUAUCGUCAUGCAUCGGACGGCGACGAGCAAAGGGACGGACGGGAGACAGCAGACAUACUUGAACAUGAGGUCGCCUCCUACUCAGGGUUCAAAUGUACUUCUGCGCAUGUCACCGCUUUUGAGUCACGGCGCCUUCCGCGCGCGUAUCUCGUCCUCCUCGAGAGUCUAUUGAAUGUGACGCCCGCAAUGCGCCCGUCCUCCGAACGCGUGCUGAGUGCUAUCCGCGAAGGCCGGCUUGACCCGAUACCCUCGGCACGAAUACGUCGCACGAGCUCGCGCACCUCCUUGAUCCCGGUCCCAGUAAGGCGCCUAAUGGACGCUGCGUCGACUGCGCUUCCCAGUGGGUCUGCAGAGUUGCCUGCGCCGAGUUCGCAGUCGGAAGUCGAUGUCGGCGUGGAUGUGGAAGGGUCACGUACACCUCGGCCAGGUGAGAAACAUGCGGAUAGCGUGAGAGUCCCGCUACUCGGACUGCCCAUGCCGCCAAGCUCCUCUUCAUCGAGUAGCCUCACAGUUGCGGACCACAUGGUCUUGAGGUGGAUAUAUGGUGUGCUGGUGCGCGGGAGACGCAUUCGAAUCGGGAUGCCACACAUCUGGGCUCGCACUCUCAAGUCGCUCGUGCUCGUGACGAAGGUAUCAACAAUUGCGCAUGUCUGCCCUGACUCACGUCUACACCCGUUCGUGGCCCUUGUGUUCCUUGUGCUCGCGGUGGUAGAUACGUGGUUCGACGGGCUUGGGCCGACGCUCGUGCUUGGACUUGUGCAUGUGUCGCUCAUUUGGAUUGUUCGGUGGAGCGGCCGAGGCUGUGCGAGAGUUCUCCAAACCGACCAACUCCAUGGUUUGUGGUGA